UCGGAGUCAGCCACUCAGCUAUCCUUGGUCACCAGGACCAGCCAACACCAUUUUUUGAGCUUAACUCUUUAUUACCAAUCAACCAUGAGCUCCCAGAUUCAUCAGAAUUAUUCCACCGAGGUGUAGGCCACCGACAACCACCUGGUCAACAUGCAUCUGCGGGCCUCCUACACCUACCUCUCUCUGGGCUUCUAUUUCGACCGUGAUGAUGUGGCUCUGGAGGGCGUGGGCCACUUUUUCCACGAAUUGGCCAAAGAGAAGCGUGAGGGCGCCGAGCGUCUCUUGAAAAGGCAAAACCAGCACAGCGGCCGCGCCCUCUUCCAGAAUGUGCAGAAGCCAUCUCAGGAUGAGUUGGGUAAAACCCAGGAUGCUAUGGAAGCCUCCAUUAACAUGAAGAAGAACCUGAACCAGGCCCUUUUGGAUCUGCAUGCCCUGGGUUCUGCCCGUGCAAACCCCCAUUUCUGCAACUUCCUGGAGAGCCACUUCCUAGAUGAGGAGGUGAAACUCAUCAAGAAGAUGGAUAACCACCUCUGCCGGCUUGCUGGUCCCCAGGCUGGGCUGGGUGAGUAUCUCUUUGAAAGGCUCACCGUCAAGUAUGACUAGGAGCCUCCGGAGCCCAGUGGCC